AACGCGCUCUCCCUCCCUACCUGGAUGGUCCACGUCUCCUCCCUCAUCGAGUGGCUGGCGGCGAUGGGGCUGGUGUGGAGAUAUGCAGAAGUGACGGGGAACCCGAGGUGGAAGGGGCUCACGUGGGGUAUGCUUCCCUUCCACUCAAGUGGCCUCUGUGCUUGCACCUACCACCUCUUCUAUAACUCGCCCGCUGUGAGCGGACUCGUAGCGCUGCAGAGCGCUCUGACGGUCGUCGGGGACUUCACGUGCUGGUACGCGGCGUAUCGCAUC